AUGCAGAAACAACAAGAUUCAACAACAAAGCCACUAUUGAGUGAAAUCAAUGUUAUUGGAGCAUUAAAAGGAAAUAAUUCAGGAGGAACAAAGUGUUGGUCAUGCAAGCAUUGUAACAAUCGAUUCAACAGCUCAUAUACAAGAAUUCACUAUCACUUUUUUAGAGCUUCACCAUGGAAGAAAGCAGGAAUUCAAUGUUGCUUGGCACUCAUGAAAGACAGAGUUAAAUAUGACAAGGUGGGAAGAAUGGUUGAAGAGGCAGAGAAAUCAGGUGUGUCUUCAUCUCUAAAAAAUUCCACAAUUUGCACAAAGCUUAAACCAAUUAUUGCUAAAGCUAAUCUUAUAGCAAGUGCUUUUAACAUGAUGGAAAAGGAUGCGGUGGACUUAAAAGUGAUGAGAGGGCUAUGUGCUAAUGGAAUUCCUUUUAAUGUUCUGCGAAAUCCUCAAUUUGGUGAGAUGAUUAUAGCAAUUAACAAUGCCCCUAAAGGAUAUAAAGCACCCUCUUAUGAAAAAGCAAGAACUAUAUUAUUAGAUGAAUGUAAAAGAUAUGUAGAGAAAGACUUAGCUUUGAUCAAGGAUACUUGGUAUAUUCAAGGGGUGGCUAUUGUUUCUAAUGGGUGGUCCAAUGUUAAACAUCGACCUUUGAUUAAUGUUAUCACAGCCAACAGUCGAGAAGCUAUGUUCAUGUAUGCUGAUGACUUUUCAGGGCCUUCUAAUGUUCUUCAAGUAAUUACUGAUAAUGCAUCAAAUUGCAAAGCUGCAGGAAAGGAGAUAGAGAAGGCAUAUAAACACAUUUUUUGGUCUUCUUGUGUUGUUCAUACUCUUAACCUAAUUUUCAAGGAUUUUGCUCAAAAGUUGUUAGUUUGUAGAGAGGCUCUUGCAACCACUAUUGUUCUUAAAUCAUGGAAGGAGUGGACAAAAAAUGGGGAUGAGAAAAUGAGGACAAUGGGUGCAUUAGUUGCUAAAACAGUUAGUGAUGAUGAAUUUUGGGAGGAAGUAGAAAAUAUAGUAGCUAUAACUAAGCCACUGUAUUUGUUGAUUAAGUUUAGUGAUGGUGAAGGCCCAAAGCAAGGAGAGAUUUACGAAAAAAUGGAUAGCAUGCUUAGAGAAUUAAAGGAUAUAAUGAGAAACAACAAAUACAAAGAUAGUUAUGAAAAAAUGGAAGCUAUUAUAGUAGAAAGAUGGGUGAAGAUGAAUAUUCCUAUGCAUCGUCUUGGUUUUGCUCUCACACCCAGAUUUUAUGAUCAUCACUACUUAGAAACACCAGCUCCUGGAGGAGUACCUAGAAAGGCUCUAAAUCUUGAUAAAGAAGUUAUUUUAGAUGUUAUGGAUACUUUUGGAAGGAUAGCAGAAAAUGGGGCAGAAUAA